CUCUGGCUGUCCCGCGUCCAGUACAGUCGCGAUCAUAGUUCCCCUGGCCCCCAAACCCUCAGCCCCCCAGCCUCUCACCCCAGAGGCACAGCGCACAUUGAGAGAGCUACUGGAACCCUGCAGCUCGGCGCGCUUUCUUGUCACUCGAAAGAGGCAUCAGGCGCGCCUACCUACCCCACCUCCCUCCCGCCGCUCCAGCUGGCCUCUCCGCCCACCGACCACUAGGUCCCCGGCGUCUGGCUCUCAAUCCGAAGUGGAGAUGCGCGAGAGGCUGGCGAGGGCGCGCAGUUCCUGAGAUCGCGCCAGCUGGCACCAUGCGCCUGCGGCCGCUGCCCCUCAUCGUAGUCCCCGGCUUGCUGCAGCUGCUCUUUUGGGACAGUGAAGAAGUGAUACAUGCCACAGAGGGUAUAGACUGGGAAGACAGAGAUGUUCCAGGAGCAUUGGUUGAAAAUGUGGUACACUCACGGAUUACCAGUCCUCUGCGUCUAUUUGUUAAACAGCCUCCAGGUCCAAAGCCUGCAUAUUCAGACAGCAUGGAAAAUUUUUGGGAUUGGCUGGCUAACAUCACAGAGAUUCAGGAGCCACUGGCAAGAACUAAAAGACGGCCAAUAGUGAAAACAGGAAAAUUCAAGAAAAUGUUUGGGUGGGGCGACUUCCAUUCUAACAUUAAAACUGUCAAGCUUAACCUGCUUAUCACAGGGAAAAUUGUUGACCAUGGAAAUGGAACGUUCAGUGUUUAUUUCCGACACAAUUCAACAGGCCUGGGCAAUGUUUCCGUGAGCUUGGUACCGCCCUCUAAAAUAGUGGAAUUUGAAGUAUCCCCUCAGUCUACCUUGGAGACUAAGGAAUCCAAAUCUUUCAACUGCCGUAUUGAGUAUGAAAAAACAGAUCGGGCAAAGAAGACCGCUCUGUGCAAUUUCGACCCAUCCAAGAUCUGCUACCAGGAGCAGACUCAGAGCCAUGUGUCCUGGUUAUGUUCUAAACCGUUUAAGGUCAUCUGCAUUUACAUUGCCUUUUACAGUGUUGAUUAUAAACUUGUGCAAAAGGUUUGUCCUGACUACAAUUACCAUAGUGAGACGCCAUACUUAUCUUCUGGAUGAAUCUCUUCUCAGUAAUAGAAACUAAAUACUCAUGUCAAUUUACUUAAAAUGCCCAAGAUCACCACGGCAAAAGAUCUCUUUUAUUUCUGGCAGUGGACUACAAUUCCUUGUCCAGUUUCCAAAUUAAAUAUAAAUAUAUAAAUAUAUAUAUUCAAAUGUGGAGUGAAUUUGUUUUGGUGAUAACUACCUUUAUCUAAAAAGUCAAGCUGAUCAUGAAACCAUCAUUUUCAUGGGAGAUGGUAACAUUAUGGAAAUGUUGCUUCUCUGUAAGAAGCAUCAGUAGUAGCCGUGUGUGAAGAAAGGAACCAAAUUAUGCAUGUGAUAAGCAUUGCUCUUCAAAUGAGCCUGCCAUUGAAAUGUUUUGGAUGGUUUCCUUAGAAAGAGUACAUUCAGUAAAGUAACUGAAAAGGUGCUAUUUGAGAGAUGGACUGUGUUUCUGGUGUUGAACCCUUUUUUAAAACUACUGUCUCUUCAUAUUGGUGCCAGUUUUUAUGGCUACAGCAUCACGGGAGAACCAAACAGAUUACCAUCUGAGCAGUUCUGAGUAGAAUGUAGUUGAAGCACUUUAUCUUCAUGAUUUUCAUUUGAGUGGCAUUGUAACAAACCAUUUGGGUACUAGAUAAGCAAAUGUGGGUUUAAGUCAGCUCAACAAUAAUGAAGAUGAAGAUGUUUUCAAAUAUUUAUGUGCUGGAAGAUUUUUUUUUUUGACGUUUUAUUCACAUUACGGUUUAGAACUUCAUUCCCUUCAUUUCACAGUCCAACUUUAAAUACAUUUAUGGAGCAUUUCCAAAAUUAAAAAGAAAGUAUUUCUGGGCAGAAAAAUUCCAGUCAUGGGCUCGUUAUUUGUAGCCCCUCAGAUUAAAGUUGUGUGUGUGUGUGUGUGUGUGUGUGUGUGUGUGUGUGUGUGUGUGUUUAGGUAAUCAGAAUGAAAAUAAGAAUUCUGUGUGGAAACAAUGAGUUACAUUUGAGUAUUUCUAAAUGUUAAAUGCUGAUGCCUACAAUGCCCAUGUCACUGAGCUUUUGAAAUUACUUUAGUCUCAGUAUCAUCAUCUUCUAGAAGAGUUGAGUAACCAUCUUUAUGAUGUAACUUGACAUUAUAUGAGAGUAGGCAAAAGGAAGAAGGCUUCUGGGGCCUGGGGCCUGAGAUGUGUGGUUACUCUCCCUGCAGUAGAUGUUAACUUCUUUCUCACUUCUCAUCUGUACAAUAUCAAUCAAGUAAAAUUCUCAGAGGACUCAUGGAAGGUAAGUCCUAAUCAACAAAUAUGCUCUUAUCACACUGUUCAGAAAGCCAACAGCUCUGUUCUCUAUUUCACACCUCUAUUCUGUUCUUUCCUGGUGAUAUCUGCAGUGUCUUAUUUUGUCUUUUGUACAAGUUGUGCUAGGCUUCGUAUGUGGUAGUCCAUGCUUGAAGUUCCUCCUUUGAGUUCAUUGGGGGCUUUUGUAAUUUUGUGGUUGGUGAAUGAUAUUUUGAGACAUCUUUUUAUGUUCAUCUAUAAACAUGAGUAAAAUACUAUUUAUUGUAAAAUAUAUAUACUUAGGAUUUUCUGUGUACAAAUGAAGUAUGUGUGCACUUUUAUGUAAAUAAAAUAAUUUGCUAGUUCUG